AUGCGUUACCUGAACCUAUCUUGGAUACUGAUGAUGCGACUGAUCUCUGAUCAGAUUGCCUCACGAUUCACCACCGAGGAGGAGACCAUGGACAUUUGUGAAACGCCCGUGAAACCGAUGCCCGUGCGAAGAAAACCGACUAGUACCAGGCACAAAAUCAGUAGAAACACGUGCCACCCAUGGUCCAUUGAUGCAACAGAAGCCUUCCGACCGGCACAGACCCGAUCCUUUCUUCAAUCCACCUCAAACCGUCAUGAAAACCUCAGUGUUCACUCGCCCGACCCGUGCAGUCCGUUGACACCAUUCACAGCACCCUUAGCUACAGAAGACGGUGGUUUCACAUAUCCAGACGCAUUUCAGGCCGUGGAUGAUGCAAAGUUGCGAGAAGAUCUGCUAGCAUUCAACAGAGACAAACGUGAGUCUGUUGAGCGUUGA